CGCAGUGAGAAACAAGACAGACAUCACUUUCCACCCGAACAAUGCCCAUGUAUUCGGAAACUGCCGAUCCACGUCUGAUGCAUUCAUGGCUGCAUUUCCCUGAGCCAUCUUUUGCAAGGGUUGUCAAGGGAUGCGGCAACCCAAACCCUUGUCUCGCUCCUCAUUCCCUCUCAUCAUCGUUCCUACCGUUGAAUAUGGAUAUUCUUAAUAGUGUCUUUGACACCAUCAUGUCCCAGAUGUACGUAUUAUUUUGAAAUACAUAGUCUAGUGAUGGCUACGCAGAUGCUAACUGGUAAUCUCACAAUUAGGACUCUCGGAGCGAUCGCAGAUGCAUCACUGACUGCUGCUAC